UAGUACGGCAAACGUACAAAAUGCUCAUGAAAUAUUUAGUAAUGUUAAUUGUCGCGAGUGCAGAAGCGAAAAUACGAAUCUAUCUGACUGAUACACCGCUACAGAUAAUAGGGACGAGAUUGUACAAGAAAGAACUAUUAACAGACCUAUACCAGGCGCCAAAAGAAUUGACAUAUGACUCGUCGAGCAGAAACCUUUAUUUCAUGUACAUGGAUGAUGCUCUACAGAAUUCGGGCAGGGCCUACAUCAAUAUCAUAACGAAACGAGCAAUGAAGAUCGAUGGUAUUGAAAAGAACAAAGCCAUAGCUGUUGAUUCUGAAACCGGCGAGGUGUAUUUCGGUACAACCGACGGACUAUACAAAUACGAUCCAAUAACCAACGAAGCUACAAAUAUCGGACUGUACAAUGUGAAUAUAAUGAAACUAGUCGUGAGGAACAACCAAAUGUAUUUGCUCGAUGCCAACAAUCAUAUGAUUUACAAAGUCUACGACCACGGAAAGGCAACGAUCAGAAUGAGAAACGGGAAAACUGUGGUUGAAUUUGACGUAGACGAGCGAGGUAAUGUCCAUUAUGUCACGUUGUGCGGCUUAUACUGCGCCAUUGAGAACGGCGAAGUUAUCAAGAACAAAGAUUUGGAUAUCGUUAACAAUUUUAUUGUACACGAGGAGAAGACGUUUGCCGUCACCGAAGAAGGCUUGUAUGAUAUCGAUUGCGAGAAUGGAACAGCAACAAGAGUUGCCCGUCUCGAUUUCGCCCCUAGAAGUAUGACUUUUGGUGAUUACGGCGAUAUCUUUUAUUCGCUCGACGACGCUAUAUACAGGUUAAGGCCAAUAGUGUCUUAUCAAGUUUACAAUUUGUACGGGAGAAGUUGAUCGGACGUUAUCGGUUUUUGUUUUCAAUCAGAGUUUGUUAUAUGAACUAUAAAAUAUUCGUGUACACAGGGAUGUUUUUAUGUGAUGAUAAAUUGUCUGUUUUAUUGGAUAUUGAUGGCACUUUAAUUGGUGAUAGUAUUGUUGUGAGUAACUGACCUGAACUUAAGGCCGUAAG